AUGGCGCUGAAACGCCUUGGCUGCGCGCUCCUGGCGCUGGGCACAGCGGAGGCAUUCCUCGCCCCCAGUGCCCUGCGCGCCCCGCCCGCUUCGACCCCUGCCCGGUCCGCAGCCGCACCGCUGAGGGCGCAGGGAGCCAAUGGGUGGACGCCUCUAUUUGGAGUUGCAGGCAUCUUGAUGAUCGGGGCUGUGCGCUCCCAAAGACAGACAUCCCCGACCACAAUGUACUUCAAGAGGAAGUACGGAGGCCCAAUCAAGAAGGACCCAGAUGCCGAGUUCGGUCCGCAGUACCAUGGGCCGAAGGGCAGCGGCGGAAUCCAGAGAUCAUCCCGGUUGGGAUUUCCCAAGUGGGGUCAGCAGCGUGUGAUUCCAAAGCUCAGCGGGGCCUCGUAUGAGUAUCGAAAGAACACCAUGAGGAAUCUCACCACCCAGGUCAUUCGCCAAGGCAGAAUCAAGACCACCCGCGCGAAAGCUGAGGCGCUGACGCAUUUCGUGGACCGCAUGAUCCUCUUGGCCAAGCGAGGAGACGAUCUGAGCCGACGUGAGGCCGGCGAGUGGCUCUACGACCCGACCCUGGUGGACAACCUUUUCAAGUUGGCGCCGGAGCGAUACCCCGAGCAGAGCGACGGGUUCUGCAAGGUCACGCGAACCAUGAAUCGAAAGGGCGACUGGUCUGAGAUGGCCUACAUCGCAACAAUGGCCUUCCGCCGCCUCCUGCCGCGCCUGCCCGUGGCGCGUGCUGCACUCAACUCGGCGGUGCGGAUGUGUUUUGCUGCGGAAGGGGCUGACCGAGAAAAAUGCACAGCUCGUGAUAUGUUGGCAGAGGGUGCGACAUUGUGCGAUAGUCGCACAAAGCGUGGGAGUCGCUGCAUGCUUCGGCGCCCAGGUUGCCUCACAAUUUCAGGUUCAGAAUUGGCCGUUUUGGCGGAGGUAGGGCAUGCUCCUAGGAAUGCUGCGAAAGUGAGUCCCGCCGAGCUCACCAAGAUCCUCAGCGAGCGCAUUGCCAACUUCAAGGAUCAGGCGGACGUCCAAGAAGUCGGGCGUGUGCUGUCGGUUGGCGAUGGAAUUGCCCGAAUCUACGGCCUCAAGGGAGUGAAGGCCGGAGAGAUGGUCGAGUUCUCGAGUGGCCUGAAAGGCAUGGCCCUGAACUUGGAGACCGACAACGUGGGUGUGGUCGUGUUCGGAGACGACCGCGCGAUCGUCGAAGGUGACAGCGUGAAGUGCACGGGGACCAUCGUGGAUGUGCCAAUUGGCGAGGAGCUGCUGGGCCGGGUUGUGGAUGCCCUUGGCACGCCUAUUGAUGGCGCCGGGCCGAUCCAGACAAAGAGCCGCCGCCGAGUGGAGCUCAAGGCUCCGGGCAUCAUUCCCCGGCAAAGCGUGCACGAGCCCAUGACCACCGGCCUGAAGGCUGUCGACAGCCUGAUCCCAAUCGGCCGUGGCCAGCGAGAGCUGAUCAUCGGUGAUCGACAGACUGGCAAGACCGCUAUUGCCAUCGACACAAUCCUCAACCAGAAGGCCAUCAACGCUUCGGCUGACAAGACGGCCCACCUGUACUGCAUCUACGUGGCGGUAGGACAGAAGCGAUCCACCGUAGCUCAGCUCUUCGAGAUCCUUAGAAAGAACGAUUGCUUGAAGUACACCACGGUCGUGGCUGCAACUGCUUCUGAUGCCGCACCUUUGCAGUUCCUCGCACCCUACACGGGUUGCGCCAUGGCAGAGUACUUCCGUGACAACGGAAAGCAUGCGGUCAUCUUCUACGACGAUCUCUCCAAACAGGCCGUCGCAUAUCGUCAAAUGUCCCUGCUCUUGCGACGCCCGCCUGGUCGCGAGGCAUACCCAGGUGAUGUCUUCUACCUGCACAGCCGAUUGCUUGAGCGCGCCGCCAAGAUGAACGAGACUACACACGGCGGCGGCUCUCUGACGGCCCUACCCGUCAUUGAGACACAAGCCGGUGACGUGAGUGCCUACAUCCCGACGAAUGUCAUCUCCAUUACAGACGGUCAGAUUUUCCUCGAAACGGAGCUUUUCUACAAGGGUAUCCGCCCGGCGGUCAAUGUCGGCCUGUCCGUGAGUCGCGUCGGGAGCGCCGCCCAGAUCAAGGCUAUGAAGCAGGUGGCUGGUACCUUGAAGCUCGAGCUUGCGCAGUACCGCGAGGUCGCAGCCUUCGCGCAGUUCGGCUCCGACUUGGAUGCGGCUACCCAGCACCAGCUGCUGCGAGGUGGUAUUCUCACGGAGCUGCUGAAGCAGAAACAGUUCGUGCCUAUGACCACUGCAGAGAUUAUCGUGUCCCUGUGGGCGGGUACCCGCGGCUACCUGGACAAGGUCGCGACGAAGGAGAUCCUCCGAUUUGAAAAUUUGUGGCUGAAGCAUUUCAAGGACACGAAGGGCGAUGUCCUCAAGGAGAUUAUGGAGAAGAAGCAGAUCACCCCAGAGAUUGAAGGCAGCAUCAAGUCUGCGAUGGACGA